AUGAGCGGUGAUCACGACGACUCGUCGACCGAUGAGAUGGACGUCCAUCAAUCGGACGUCGGCACCGACGACGAGGGAUCGAUCACCGGCGGAUUUUUGAGGGAGGAAGAAAUCUCGAGAUCCGAGUCGAUGGAUGCAAGCACUUCUUUCAGGUCGCCGAGCCCAAUUGCAGACAUCACCAAUCCGACCGAGUUCGAGAAGCAGCAAGCGCUCGACCCGCUGCUCGCCCCGCUCUCCGAGGAACAGAAGCAGUUUUAUACAGAGGAUGAGUCGCGCCGCAGUAUAAAUUUGCUGAUCAUCUUCUCGCUGUUGAUGUUCACGAUGCCGCUGUCGGUCAUGUACGUCACCUACGAGUUCCUGUUCAAACAACACUUCGGCCUGCCACAAGCUCAGGCGAUGCUCUACGCCGGUUUCUGCGGCAUCACCUGCACGAUCGUGAUCGUCAUCUGGUUCGUCCGCAUCGCCUACAAGGACGAGCAGCGCGCCGAACAACAACUGCUCAAGUCACGCGCGGCGCGCAAGAACGAU